GAAUUAAAUAACACCAAGAAAAUCGUGGUGUUGACAAACCAUUUUUUUUGUUAAAUUAAAUUUAAUAAAAAAAAAAAUUUAUUUAUUUGAAAGUGCUAUUAAAAUUAAACAAAAACUCCUUUUAUUGCCAAACAAAACAAUAACAAAGUUAAACAUUGAAAUCUACAAAAUAAAAAGCUUCAAAAAACCAUUAAAUAACUUUUGUGAUGUGUGCGGCUGUUUCUACGUUGAACAGCUUUCAAUAGCAACUGUACUUCUUGAAAGACAACAAAGACCAGACGGGCCAUUUUUAGGCUCUUAAAGCUAAAAAACCCUAAUAAAUUAAGCAAACAAUGUUAAAAAUUUAUUAAAAACAAUAAACCACGUAAACCCUAAACAAAAUGAUUUUUUGCUAACAAGACAACAAUAAAAUAAAAAUUUUAAUAAUUCAAAUUAAACAACAAUAACAAAAUAAAACAAUUAUUUCCGGUUUGCAAACAAAACGUUAAAAGAAGGAAAAAUUUAAAUUGUUAAAUAUUGUGAUAAAUUCUUUUAAAAAGAACCUACUUUUUUAACUAAAUCUGCUACAAAUUGAACAACAUGUCGGUACCUGCUGUUUUAAAUCUUAUUGAUGCUACUCCCCAUAUCCUGGAAGACCAAACUUGCAACUCUUAUGUGGAUGCUGCUGCUGUAGUUAAACCCAAUUUUACGGGGGUUUCGCAUCAGGCAACAGAGGAGCAGUCAAAAAGUGAAGUGGACUCUUGCCUCUCCUCCAUCAGGCCUUUUAGUGUGCUAUUGCCUCAAGAGCUGGCCGAUAAUGAGCAUGUGGCUUUAACGGGCGACUCUAAGGCUUUGGGUGCCUGGCAAUUGGAACGCUGUAUAACCUUGUCCCGUCAAAAUGGCAGUUUGGAAUGGUCCGCCAAUGUCAUGCUGCCAGCCUGCCCCAAAGUAAACUAUCGCUAUUUUGUUUAUGCCGAAGACUAUUUGGGACGCAAACAGAUUAGACGUUGGGAGACCCAUUUAAAACCCAGACAAUUGACCUCUUGUGUGAAUAAUUGCAGGGAUGUGGAUAUUUUUGGCCAGGUGGUAGCUGCAGAAGUUUCAGUAAAUCGCGGCUGGCUUAAUAAUGAAAUGAUAUUGCAGCUGAAAUUUGAACGUGAGAAAUUGUUCCAGGUCCAUGAUAUAAAUAAAUUUGAUCCGGAAAAUGUCUACAUAAAAGUGGAACCCUUGGCAAAGGAUUUAACUGCCCUGGAAGUUGAUAAGUCUGGUGUUAAUGUGGAGGUUUCCAAAUUGAAAUAUAAUGAAAGUAGAUUAAGAGCUCAGCCAAAAGAAGGUGUCCCCCAUAAACGCAAUGAUGUGGUUAUUUUUCAUCUAACAGUUCCCUUGGACUUGGAAGCUUCAUAUGCUUUGUUAUUUUACUCCCAAGAUCAUCAACUAAUGGGCAAAGCUCUUAUUACCAAUGAUCAAUUAAAGGGCAGUCAAGGUGAACUUUUGCUGCAGAUCAAGGAUGUUAAAGAAACUGUGAUAGCCCGCUUAACUUUACCCUAUUUAUUGGUUAAGCCUUUUAGUGAUAAAGAUAUGUUGGAUUUCCGCACUACUUAUGCCCAUUAUUGGCCCAAGUCUUGGCCCAAUUUGGAUGUGGCUCAUCGCGGCAAUGGCAAGAGUUAUAUAGCCAGUCCCCCCGAGGAAAGGGAGAAUACAAUUUCCUCAUUUCUAAAAGCCUAUGAAGUAUUUGCCGAUAUGGUGGAAUUGGAUGUUCAUCUAACGGCCGAUGGCAUACCUGUGAUAUAUCAUGAUUUUGGAGUGCGCACAGCUCCCCAAAACAAAGUGGUUACGGAUGUUUCGCAAUUGGAGUAUGUGCUAUUGAAAGACCUGACCUAUGAGGCCAUUAAGCAGCUGCGUGUCUUUGCCAUAGUCAAUAAUGAAAUUAAGGAAUAUCCUGCCCAUGAUAAAGAGCCCCAGUUUGAGAAACGUAUAUUCCCUACAUUGGAGGAGGUAUUGGAAAAUUUACCCAAAACCUUGGGUAUAGAUGUGGAAAUUAAAUGGCCCCAGCGUAAAAUAAAAGGAGGCGUGGAGGCUGAACAGACAAUAGACAAAAAUUACUUUAUUGACACCGUUUUGCAGGUGAUAUUGCAAAAAGGCUGUGGCCGUCCUUUGGUAUUCUCCAGUUUUGAUGCUGACAUCUGUACUAUGCUGAGAUUCAAACAGAAUUUAUUGCCCGUCAUGUAUUUGACUCAAGGUGAGACUCAGAAAUGGGAAGCCUUUCUGGAUCUAAGAACCAGAUCCUUUGAACAGGCCAUUAAUAAUGCUCAAGCUUUUGAAUUGGCCGGCACUGCACCGCAUGCCGAAGAUUUCAAGGGAGAACAGGGCGCAGCCCUCAUGAAGAAGGCACGAGAUUUGGGACAGAUUUCCUUGGUCUGGGGUGAUGACUGUAAUUCCCAACAAGCUGUUAAGUAUUUCCAUGAUAUUGGUGCUACCGCUACCUGCUACGACAGAUCGGAUUUGUAUGUGCCCGCCACUAAAACGCAAGCCUUUUUCAAUUCUACCGAACUAAUGGAAGAAUUUAAAGAUCAGUGUCGUUCUUAAAUGAUUUUAACUUACUAAAUGAAACAGAGACAAAUAUAUUUUAUAUAAACUAUUAUAAAUAUGAAAAUUAGUUUUUAAAAAAAAACAUAUUUUUAACGAAUUUUUAGUUGAAAUUAUCUUUACAAAAUUAAACUAGUUCGCUGGCGAACAUUUGUUAAAAAACAAAAUUUCAAAUUUUAUUGUUAAAUACUCCUCGUUGUAUUAAACUAUUUUUUUUAUUAUUAUUUUAAUUGCUAUUAUUAUUAAACACACAAAUACUAUGUAUUAAUUAUUCCAUUAAUAAAUUAAUAAAUUAAAGACAAUAAAUAAAUAUGUAAAGGAAACAUAUUUAUUUUAUUAGCUAAAUUUGUAAUUCAAAACAAAUUAAAAAAAAAUUGUUUCACGUUUUAAUAAAUUCUUAGUCAUGUAACAUUUAUUUAAAAUAUACAACUUUUAAUUGGUUUUCUAUAUUAAACAAAACUAUUUCAAAUUGUUAUUAACUUGUUAAAGUUAAAUGCUUUAUUUAAUUGUUAAAAUAACACGUAAAUUAUUAAAGAAAAAAAACAAUGAUAUUAAAACAAAAAAAAAUAAACUUAAAAAAAAUAUAUUUUUAGAUUCACAAA